AUGACUAUGAAUAUACCCAUCGUCACAUGUGAUGAUUUAUCUGCUUUCCAUGCAAAACAUUUCAGUACCCAGGACUUCAACCCAACUGUAGCCUCUGACUUCUUUGCAAGCUCUUUCGAUACUACGGAAGCUCAAUCCACAGACUAUGAUGACUUAUAUGAUGAUCGCUUGGGGUAUUACCCCGAUGGCGUGAAAAGAACACUCACGGAGGAACAGAUUCAAAUAUUUCGUCACAGCGAGAUCCAGGCUCUUCUUCGCCAGAGGCAACUAGAAAAGGAGGCUUCUAGUAAUAAUGGAAGCACUACGCCGAAAACGAGCGAAGAAGAGAAGUGUGAUAAACCCAAUAGCGCGUCUUCCAAUACCCGAGAUGUAAUAGACCAAGAUUGGGGAAAUCUUAAACCGCCUAAACAACCAAAUCACACAAAUCAAACCAUUACAACUACAGAUACCACGGCACAAACUACUUUGAAUAAAAUACUACCAAACGAAAAACCGAAAGUAAAGACACCGCAGGCCCUCAAACCACCAACCGAGUUUCGACGACGAAUUAUCUGUUAUGAAGAUGCAUGA